UGUCGUAAUUGUCAACACGAAUCGAAUUACGGCAGCGGCACCUCCACGUGCCGUCAGUGUAAAAAGUAUCGUUAGCUGUUAUCAAAACACGUUUGUGUGGUUUUGCACAAAUUUACUUGCUUUAAUGUAUGACAAUAUGGAAUCAUUGAUCAUUCCAACAAAGGGCGACUUCGAUAGUGAAUGCGACUCAUCUGGUGAAAUGAAUGAAAGAGGAAAGAAGCGAAAGAUAUCCCUGACAAGGUGUGGUAUGUGUGACACAGAAGAGGCGAGAUAUAGGUGUCCUGGCUGCAUGACGCACUCCUGCAGUUUGGUAUGUGUAAAGAAGCAUAAAGUGGAGACAGGAUGCAGUGGUGUUCGAGAUAAAGCUGCUUUUGUGCCCCUCUCUGAGUUUGAUGAGAUCAACCUUCUCAAUGACUACAGGUUUCUGGAGGAGACUGGGAGAUUGGCAGAUAGUGCAACGAGGGAUGUCUUUACUCAACUACCUCAGCAAACUCAGAGGGUCCAGAAGCUGGCUAAGCAGGCCAACGCAGCUAAAAUCCACCUGAAGGUCCUCCCCAGGACAUUUACCAAAAGGAAAGAGAACUCGACCUUUUACCACAGAAGAGAGGGACGUUUCUAUUGGCAUCUGAAGCUCGUUUUCCCUCAGAGCAGUGCUGAAUACGCAGAAAAGAGAGUUCCAGAUAAUCAAACCUUGGAGGAGAUCCUCAAGUCUUACAUCCACCCCACAGAGUCUGACCCAGUUAGACGGCAAAAGUUAAAGAUCUAUGCUCAAUCCCCAGUGGACCAUGUUAGAGUCUUUAUGAAGGCUGAGGAGAACAGGCCUAAUUCGCUAAGGUACCAUGAGCUGGAUGUGAAGAAAAGCUUAAAAGACAACCUGAUGCACAAAACCAUCAUUGAGUAUCCCGCUCUGCAUGUGACUUUGAAGGACCACUGCCAAGACUACCUCACUCAGAGACAAGGAGAAGUGUGGACCCCUCGCGUCACCACCACCACCCCUCCAGAGAGUCUAGCUUCUGGUCCUGAAGCUGAUGCAGAGACCGAGCAACCUAAGGUGGACCCCCAUAGCCCUCGUGGGACCCUUUCAGUCACACCCCUGGCGAAGAAGGUGAAGAGGGCCCCGCUCAGCGAGGAAGAGCUGGAGGACGGCGAGAUCCUGAGUGGCAAUGAGGGGGAAGAGGAAGAUGAAGAUUGCAAAGGCAAACCUGUCGAUGGAACUGGUAGUGAGAUUCCGGGGGCAAAUAAUGAUAAUAAGCAAGACGAAAGUGAGGAUGAUGAUGGUAGUUGUCAAGAGGAUAAGACUGAUAGUCAUCACAAGGAGGAGAUGAGCGGUAAUGUGAGCAGUGAUGAGGCCUAAGUCAAAGCCAGUCACAGUGAAAAGACUGUUACAGAGGACAGAUGGCAAGGGAGAGAGAGUAGAGUUGAUCUCUACCAUGGAGAGACAGCGCAGAGAUGAUGGUGAUGAAACCUAUGUUUGGACUUUGUCACAGAGAACAAAACUGCUCAUCUUGAUCAUGAAGUUUGAUGUGACGUAUGAGUAGGUCUUAUAGGUCUAUAUGAAUGUUUAUGUGGAAGAGACGGCGCAAUAGGAUCGUGGAUGCAAGUGGUGUUGAGAUGGGAUUGAGUAACACGUUAACUCAGUCCAGAGAAAAACGUCUUCCACUGAGCAUCAGGAAUGUACUGCAGGAGUUUAUUUCAUAAACUUUAUAAAAAAGUGAUCAGUGCUUAAAAUGUGUUAUUUCAAGCCACAUAUUAUGCUUUUAGAUUAACAUAUAUUUGUACUUUCGCAUAUAAUAUAACUGACACCACACCUUUGACAAGUCAUAUCUUUUUAGCUUUUUUUAUACAUGGUGGUCCAUUCCAUGUGUUUUUAUUUUGUUCUGUUGUUUGAGUCAUUCCUUAGUUAUUGAUUUGAUGGAUAAUGAUUUGCAGACAGUGCCAUUGUCAAUCAGUGAAAUAGACUGAUGAGUCUGGAUCUAAAAGCGCACAAUAAAAGCUUCAUGUUAUUGUCCCCCUUGGUCAUUGGAAUUCUACUCAGGACAUCUAAAUUAUUUCACUUGCUCGGACAUGAACGAAGAUUGACCCCGACUUUCCGAGUGAACGUUUGCCAUGUUGUGUUAAAGCCAUUUCCCGCUGACCGAGAGAACUUCGAAUCAUAAAUAAAAUGUUUGAUGCCGUGCUCCC